AUGUCUAGAGUGAGAUCUGAGCCGAUGAAGGUUGUUUUCAUCAACACACAGUACGUCCAGACAGAUGCUCGGAGCUUCAAGAAUGUUGUUCAAGAACUCACAGGUAAAAACGCCGUAGUCGCAGACGGCCCUUACGAAUUCUCCGGCGGUGGAAAAGAUUCAUCACGGCAGUCUAGCGGCGGCGGAAGAGUAGGAGAAGGUGGAGUAGGGACGACGGAGUUUGAUAGUUUUUUUAGAGAGAUGAUGCCUCCGGUCGGCGAGUUGUAUAAUUUAUGGUCAGAAAAUUAG